AUUUGUUUACUUUUUGAUUAAGACUCACUUUGUAUCUUGAUGAACAAGUGAUUGUGUUUACACUGAUUUGCCUCACAAUUAACAUCAUUUGAUUAGAACUCAUUUUCUUCAAUCAAUUCAAUUAAACUUCUGUUAAUCAGUUAAGCUUAUUUCAAGCUUAAUUCUCCCCAUCGAUCUUACAGUUAAUUGAAUCGAGAUUUGAUCAACGAGUCAAUUUUUUUCCUUCUCAACUGUGAUUAACCUUUUCCUUUGUAUUCUUAUCAAUUUUGUUUUUGUUAUUAGUUUUUCUUCAGUUAAUUAACUGAUUUGAACGCUAAUUAACUUUACCAUCAUGCCAGUGAAAUGUGGCCUAUUCUGGGACAUUGAAAAUGUCCGUGUACCAAGAGGUGAAUUGGCAACUGACAUCGUCCGGUCAAUAAGAAAUCUGGUCACUUCAAGAUCUUGGAUUGAGAUUGAUUUUUUUGUUGCUUGUGAUGUUUACAAUCAGUCGAGUGGAUUAAUGAGAUCACUUGAUCUUAUUGGUUUAACGAUAAUCCAUGUGUCCAACAAUGUGAAAAACGCUGCCGAUGAGAAGUUGAAAAAAUUGAUGACUGAAUUUGUCAAUGAAAAUGGUCACAAUGAGAUCGCAAUUGUUUUGCUAACCGGUGAUUAUGAUUUCGCGACAACUUUAAGAGGAUUUAAACGUAAUCAUAAUGUGACAAUCUACUUAAUCUACAGCGAAGGUUUAUCUCAAAAUCUUGUUGAUUGUGUUGAUAAAUCUUUUUCUAUCAACAGUUUCAUCAACCCGAACGGAAAUAAACCUCGUCAACCCUACAAACAAUCAAUUCCACUCAGUUGGGAACCUUGGCUUGUCCAGAUCACUGGUUAUCCGCUUCAUACCCGAAAUGCUGAGAUCGUCGCCGAAUUCAGGAAAAAAGCUCAAAACCAGAACGGGAAAUUCGCUGAGAUCCAACGGGGAACAGUUUGGCUGAGUUUCAACGACAAAGCCGAUGCCUUAAAGAUCAGCAAUGAAUUAAAUGGCCGCACAUUCAAAGGAGGAAGAUUAACAGCGAUCGUUACGGAAUCUCGAUUAUUGGCUGAUCAUGAAAGACCAACGGUCAAUCAAUUGGCCUUGGACAUCGAUCGGAAAAGUUCACAAUCCCGACAGAAUAAAAGAGGACCACAUUCACCGAAAAAGUUUUAUGUCGAUGAGAGAACGACAGUUCCGUCAUAUCGUCGUAAUUCAGAUGCUUCGAGCAUAAGUGAUAACCCUUGUUGUUCAAUUUGUUGAACAAUCAAUUUAUCGAUAUCAACACUCAAUCAAUUCAUCGAGUUGCUGAAUAAUUUUGAUCAACAAUUCAGAAACUUAUGAUUGAAAUUAUCCUAACAAUCAAUAGUUGACUUGAGGGUUUCAGUUUAAAUAUGAUUUCAACGCGACAAUUUAAAGACUUAAUUGUUAGUAAAUUUAAAUUGUCAUCUUUUCACAUUCAUAUCAAUUUCCAAUCAAAUCACAUUGUCAUUCAUCUUGAUUAAGAAUUAACUAAAUCCAAUUUAAGCUCGAUUCGAGUUGAAUCUGCUUAAUCUUUACCGAUUCUCAUUUUGAUUGUAAUCAAAUGAUUUUGUAAAUCACGCAAAAACAACAAUCAAAGUAAAUAAUAAGUUGAUGUUAAUUUAAA